UAUCUAUCCCUUCCAAUGGAUAAUUGGACCUUUUCAAAAUACUUUGGCCCACAAAAAGCAUAAAAUUACACCAAUCACCAAAUGACACUCGUGUGUGAACCAUGCAUGGCUGAUCUCAUGGGGAUAUUCAUAAUCACAGAAAGCCAAAACUUUACUCUAUUUUUUGUAUUAACAGACCGACCAUACUUUUUUUCAGUUAGAACCGCUAAUUGUACCACCUUUAAAUACCAUCUUUUUUGAAUAAUCCCCCAGUUCAAAUAUUUUGAAAUCUUUAAUAUUCUUGAAUCUUUAAUUCAUGGGUACUGAAAUUGACGGAGAUGAGAGGUUUAAGUAUCUGAUAGUGCGGCCGGAGAAAGGUGGCGUGAUGGACCUGUGGAGGUACAUGGUGAUGGGUGAUAUAGGGAGUGGUGUGCGGUUCUUGGAAUGCUCGGAGGAGCGUGUGAUGAGUAGAGAAGCGGCUGAUAAUAGGUGGGUGAUUAUAGUUUCGAUUCUCGUGCGGAAAGUUCUUCAUGUUUUUGGGAAACCGUUGGAGUAUACUGGUUUUGCUAUUGAUUUCUUCCUCAAUGUUCUGUCUGAAAAUGGCGGUUUUUUUGGCUUGUUCUUCAACUUUAUCCAAGGAAAGGUGGUGAUACCGCAGAGAGGCACGGACGAGUUUACGAGUACUAUUGGACAGUUGGAUGGGCGAGUAGACCUGUACAGGGCUGAAAAGUUGCUGGAACAUAUAGAUGAUUCUGUUCCUGGAGAGGAACAUAUUAAAGCAGAGAUGGGACAUCGAGCUCUCAUGGAUCUUUGCAUUAUGGCUUCCAAGUUAGCUUAUGAGAACGCUAAAGUUGUUCGAAAUGUUGUUGUUAAUCAUUGGAAGAUGCAUUUUGUGGACUUCUAUGACUGUUGGAAUGAUUUCCAAAAGGAAAACUCUACUCAAGUGUUCAUAAUCUGUGACAAGCCGAAAGAUGCGGAUUUGAUACUGAUAAGCUUUAGAGGAACAGAGCCUUUUGAUGCUGAUGACUGGAGCACUGAUUUUGAUUAUUCCUGGUUUGAGAUUCCGAAAUUAGGAAAAGUUCAUAUGGGAUUCUUAGAAGCAUUAGGUUUAGGAAACAGAGCAAAAACUGCCACCACCUUCCAUCAUCAUUUGCGAAAGACCAAAACAAAUCCCAACCAUUCAAGCGGUAUUGAUUCAGAAGACACCGCUGAAUCAAAUGCUGAUUCUGACAAGGAACAUAGCGCGUGGGAUCAAUCUUCCGAUUCAGAAACGGCUAGUGUUCCGCCCGACAUGGUAAAGAAGAGCGCAUAUUAUACUGUGAGGAGGAAGCUGAGAAGACUACUUAGAGAGCACAAGAAUGCAGAAUUUGUAGUGACUGGACAUAGCUUAGGGGGCGCGCUUGCGAUACUAUUUCCGACUGUGUUAGUGCUGCAUGAAGAAAUGGAGAUGAUGCAGAGAUUAGUUGGUGUUUACACAUUUGGUCAGCCAAGAAUUGGGGAUAUGCAGCUUGGUAAAUACAUGGAAGCUCAUUUGGAACAUCCAUAUCCUAAGUACUUCAGGAUAGUUUAUUGCAAUGACCUUGUUCCUAGAUUGCCUUAUGAUGACAAAACCUUCUUGUUCAAGCAUUUUGGAGUUUGCCUUUACUAUGAUAGCUUCUACAAUGAGCAGAGAAUGGAUGAGGAGCCAGACCCAAAUUUCUUUGGUUUGAGAUAUGUGGUACCACUGCACUUAAAUGCUGCAUGGGAGUUGAUUAGAAGCUUAAUGAUGGGCUACACAUAUGGGGCAGACUACAAGGAAGGAUGGGUGUCGAUCAUGUUCAGGAUAAUAGGAUUGGCAUUGCCUGGUGUUGCUGAUCAUGGCCCCAGAGAUUAUGUCAACUCGGUACGACUCGGAAGAGAGCCUCAUCCUCACCUAUCAUCUUCCUAAUCUCGACUUGCUUUUCAAUUUCAAAUUAUACCAAAUAAUAAUAGUGCAAAUUUGCAUUAAAUAAUUGCUUCAUUUUUUUAGGUACUGUGUUCAGGAGCUAUCAUAUGCUUGCGUUUCUUUUUUUCAAAUUCUUUGUGUGUUUAUUGUUAUAUGUAUAUUGGGUUUAGUUCACUUUUUAUUGUACUAAAGGUUGAGUGAUUCUGAAAAUAAAUACAAAGAUGAAUUAGUUAUGAUUUUUUAUUUUA